CUGUUGUUGUCAUGGCGGCGUUUCAAAUUGUUGACAAGCUUACACUAAACUUGAACAAGUCAACCGUGUGUCCUAUGUUAAUUAACAGUCAGUAAGAAACGUUAAUUUAUUAUUUCUGUAUAGACUGUAACAAGCGAUGGUCAAAUGGAUGAUGUUUGGAUUAACAUAAAUGUUUGCGGCUUCACUUCCAAAGCAUAGUGAGCUUGCUAAUGCUAACUCUCACUAGCAUUAAUGCUUUAUAUUAAGUAUUGAUUCCUAUUUUUGACUGAGUUGGUGAUUGUAGUUUCUACAAUGACUGCACGGUUCUUGCAGAGUGGCCCUGCGAGUUUCGUAGGACAGCAAAGCCAAGGGAGAGAAUGGUUUGUUCAUACCAACAGCGUUUUAACUACUGGGAUGUCCCAAACCAAGCUUUUGUUCAAUGAGGCCAUCCCUGCAAGAACCAGCAACCGUGCCACCCAUGUGUGCCCGCCAGCCCCCAUCGUGAUAGAGAGGCUGCUGCCGCUGUCAGAGCAGCGUGAGACAGCUGACAGCACCAGAAGCUCCAUCAGCUUCACCUCCCUCUCAGAGGAGAGACUGCGAGCCGCGGUUCAACUGGCUAAACGAGAUCUGAGGAGAAGGCGUCUUGAGUCACUGACAAAAUCCCCUGCCAAACUCUCUCAGGAUGCCUCUCUUCUUGAAACAAGUGAUGUAGAGCUACUCCAGGAGCUUGCAGCCACUCCGAGUAAGUUCAAGUUAAAGACCUCCAGUCCAAAAGAGAAAGCAACGCGACCUAGAGUCCAAAUGUCAGUGCUCACACAGCAGAAGUAUCCCAUUUCUCCCAUGCCUCAGACUGGCAAAUCACCCCCAACAAGAGACCCUGGCCUGAGAAGAUUUGAAGGAGUCAAACAAGCUCCUUUAAGCCAGGAGAUCUUCAAACUUCAAUAUGAGCUGGAAGUUUAUAUUCAGAAAGUAGAAGAGCUAGCCAAUAGAGGGGAGAAAAUAGAGGAUCAACUUGAGCCUGAAGAACUAAACAAGUUGGAGUUACGCAGACAGAAGCAGGCAGCCCGCUCAGCAGGUGUCAUCUUUGUUCUCCAACAACAGGUAAAAGAGAUACAAGAAGAUAUCGAGAGACUACGCAGCCAGAAACUGUGGGACACGAAAAAGUCCGUGGCAAUAAGCAGGCUUGCAGCUGCCCACCGUGGGACACUCAGAGCUUUACAGGUUGUCACCCAUCAGCUUUCAGAUUUAUCUCAUGGCAAAGUCCCCCCUUAUUACAAAGAGCUAGGCCAGCUGAUCCGACAGCUCUCUCUGUGCUCAGCCAAGGUUGAAGUAGAACAGAGUUCAGCUGUUCCUGAGACGGCCCUAAGCAUCCUACAGAAACUAGAGACUUUGGAUUCUGCCCUCAGUAAACAACAGCUGCUUGAAAAAAAGAUGCAGGCCCAAGCACGCCCUCCACACAGGAAGUCUCCUCAUCGCAGCAGGUCACCUUCUCUUGCACCCAAGGGUCCCAGCACCUCAACCGUGAGAGGGCCUCGCAAACCAGCAAAUCCCAAAAGAGGUGUCCGUGGUAGAAGAAUGGCCUCACAGAAGCCCAAACCUACUUCUCUGCAGCCCCUGAACAGAAGAGAGGUGCUGAGAACAGGCAUGGAGAGCCUCGCCCAGAGAGACCUGAGACCACCGUCUAAUCCCACCUGCAGGAAGGGAGCCGCUCUACACUCUGAGAGAAGCAAGGCUGACAUUCUGUUAAAGCGUGAUCACAAAGAGGAAGCAGGUUUCCAGCAGCCCACAGUCUCCUCUCAGCUCAGAGUGAACCAGCUCCCUCAGAAAGAGCGCUCCGUGCCCUGGAUCCCUUCCUCCCCUCACUCUCCCCCCCGGCAGCGAUCCCCUCAAAGGAAACAACCAGAGCCUCGAUGUCUCUUCUCUCCUGUGAAGCCCUCGCCCAGCCCUCCGAGGCAGACCCUGGCCGGGGGUUUGGGAGAAGAGCCGGCCUUGAGCUCAGAACGAAAGAACCAAGCUCAGAAUGAAGCUAUGAGGAACGCCUGGUUGGAUAGGAUGACGAUGCAGAGACUGAAAGAGCUCAAGUUGAGUAAAGAAGAGGCUGAGCGCAUUCAGACAUUAAGGUCAGAAGCUGUCUCUCCUCAGUGGGGCGAGAGAGCCGAGCAGAGGACCAGAGAGAGAAUCCAGCCCCUUGUGGACCAAGCACAGAUUGGUGAGUCCAGGACCAGGAUCAGCUCCUCACUGAGGAAUCAGCUGUCUGAGCAGCCUGCAGAGAGGGCAGCAGAGAGUGCUGAGCAGCUGAGUGAGGCGCUGCUGGAGGAUCUGUUGGAGGACACUGCCCGGGCGGCGUGGGCGGCCGAGACAGACAGAGAGUUGGAGGGUACGGCCCAGUGUAGGCUGCAGGCCCCCACCCUGGAGAGCAUGCUGCUUCGUAUGGAGGAGAUACAGAAAGAUCAGGAGGAAGUGAGGAGACGAAUUGCUUCAAUCGCCUACUCAGACCCUCUUCACUGGGACCAACCAUCAGCAGCAGGACCCCAGUGCGGUGCUCCGGGCUCCAGGCCAGCCUCUCCUCAGCCAAUUAGACUCACAAGGCUAGUGCUGAGGCAGGGAUCUGCAGCAGAUAUUGUCUUACAGAAACCCGUGGAGACUGGACAUAGCAUCCUCUCUGAGAACAGCCUGACAGAGGAGGCUUCCCAAGAUGAACGACAGCCAAGACAUAGCACCGUGUUCCCAGGCCCAGUGGAAAGGAGCAGGGGGACUGUUAUCUCUGUGCCAGGCAGCAUGCUGAGGAACAUCCGUGGGUACAGGGAAGACUACGAGGCCUACCUGCGCGCUGUGUCUCACGAGGCUGUCGGCAGCUUCAACCCCUGGGCCAUCGCAGACAGCCUGGCGGAGGAGCUGCUGUCCGAGGCUCUGGCCGAUGUGGCAGCAGAGUUUCAGGAUGUUGUGGAGGAGUACGCAGAGGCCGUGUUCACCUCAGAGUUCCUUCAGCCAAUCCAGUCGCCUCCUGCUUCAGCUGCAGCUUUGGUCAGCCAAUAGGAUGUAUUAUGGAGCAUCAUGGAUGUAGCAGUUUUUUACAAAUGGCUAUAAUAUGUAUUUAUUUUCAGCGAAAACGAUGUAAAUAUCAAAGAUCUAGUUUCACUUUGUCGACAAGGAAUGUGAUAAUUAGUCAUGUUUCUCUAUAUAUACAUUUUGGAAUUAAACUCUUUCACGUA